AAGAAAUACUUGCGACGCCCCCCACCAAACAUUUUGAUCCAUUCGAGCCGAAUUGCUCCACCAGUCCCUACCAGAUCACAUCAUGGUUCCUCGUCCACGCAGCGCUCAGGCUUUGGAGAGCAGACGUACUCGAGGUUUAAAUUCCUACCGUUGCCGAGUCUGCCGUGGAAUCCAUCCGCUUCGGAAGUGCCAGAGGUUCCUAAAGCUGAGCGCAGAGAAGCGGCUUCGAGCAGUGCUUGUCAACAAGUACUGCUCAAAUUGUCUCGCUCACGAGCACUCUGACGUGAGUUGUCGCAGUGGCGACAAGUGCAAAACGUGCAGCGGGAAGCACCACACGCUCCUCCAUAUGCACGAGCGCCCUCUGCCGUCGGCUACCAAUCAGCGUUCGCGCCGGCAGAAUCCGCCAACUCGCCAAGCGCUGGCCCCGGCAAGGCGCUCGGCAUCCGCCGCUUCUCAGCAGCGCUCGCGCCGGCAAAAUCCGCCAACUCGCAGAGCGCUUGCCUCUCCGCCGCGCUCAGCCUCCUCGACACCGGCACCGUCACUGGCGUCCAUCCUCCAGCGGCACAGUGUCAACGUCCUGCCGACGGCCAUGGUAAUCCUGGAGACCGGGCUCAAGAAGUUCGACACAGCCGCCCUCAUCGACCCGUGUACGCCGACAAGUUGCAUCGACGCAUCCCUGGCUACUGCGUUCCGCUUGCCGACUACCACCGUCGGCGACGAGCGGAUUUGUACGGCGACGAUUCGGUCGAAGCGCGACGACGACUUCAAGUUGGAGGUGGUCCUGAAGGUGGAGCCAAACGUCCGCAUCCGCACCCCCAUCCGAGAGCUUGCUGACACCGUGGUCAGCAAAUACAGCGACCUCCCGUUGGCCGACGAGCGGUUCUAUCUACCGGCAACCAUCUCCGUGGUCCUGGGUGCCGACGUCUACGGCAAGGUCAUCCGUCCUGGCUUCCACCUGGUCGACGAGGGACUCCCAGUGGCCCAGCGGACGACUUUCGGGUGGAUCCUGUCCGGUGCCUGCAACCUGUCCUAGAUGACACGUGGGGCUUCGUUGCAACGCUAGCGAUUGCAAGGGGGGCGGAAUGUUUACGCCGCUUGCCCCGCUCUUAAA